AUGCAUUCAGCACUUCACUCCCAUCUGAGUCGACGGUCGAACAAUAUUCUGUCGAGCUUCACUGUCCUCUCUUCCAGCAUUUCCGGGAAUGCCCCUCAAUGGUCUUCUGCGGCAGACAGCUCACCCAAUCUGGCUUCAUUCAAUCAUCACAAAGUUCUGCUCUAUGGUCUAGUGUCUACAAUUGCAGUUUCGGCAACCAUCACAAAUGCACUCCGAUGUCACAGUAAUUUCUAUUCUGUGGCAAUUUAUCUUUCAAAGAGUAAUAGAAGUGUAUUGAUACUUGCAAAUUUCGGUCUUCUUAUUGCAUUGCUGUGUGGGCAGCUCGUGCAACAGAUAUUCUUCGGUGCCCUUCGUCCUCAGGAGGUGGAGCGGCUAUAUGACCGUCUAUGGUUUUUCGUCACAGAAUCUUUGCUGGCAUUCACAAUCUUCCGGGAUGACUUUGACAUUCCGUUUGCCUUGAUGUUCGGCUUUUUGCUGUUUGUCAGGUCAUUCCACUGGCUUGCUUCGGACCGAAUUGAGUGGAUGGACCAACGCCCAUAUCCCGGGCCACCCACACUCUUUCAUGUUCGAAUGACCACACUCUUUGUCAUACUUUGGUGCACAGACCUAUUGAUGUUUGCGGUUGCGGUUGAAAGUACACUGAAAAACGGUAUAGGGGGCAUGAUGAUGUUUGCAAGCGAGUACGCUAUCUUGAUGGCGAGCGCCAUGAACACUACGGCAAAGUAUGGGGUUUGCGUCAUCGAUUUGAGGCGCGCAAGGCAAAGGGGUGGCGAGAAUGCGCCUCCAUGGCAGAAUAAAAGCAUGUGGGUAUUCUACAUCGAAUUGGUUACCGAUUUCUUAAAACUCACUACGUACCUUCUAUUCUUCCUCCUUAUCGUGGCGUUCUAUGGGUUGCCGCUGAACAUCAUCCGAGAUGUUUAUCUCACUGGGCGAUCAUUUGUGACACGAUUGCGCGCGCUUGUUCGAUACAGAGCUGCCACCCGCAACAUGGAUGAGCGCUACCCUGACGCGAGCGAAGAAGAAAUGUCGGCCAUGACAGAUCGAACGUGCAUUAUCUGCCGCGAGGAGAUGUUCAUCCAUGACGUGUCUGGGAAUCAGGGAGAGAAUUCAGGCUCGAACCCUGCACAACAGAAUUCUGAUGGUCCCAACACCACCCCAAAGAAGUUGCCCUGCGGCCAUAUUUUCCAUUUUUAUUGUCUUCGAUCCUGGCUUGAACGCCAGCAAAGCUGCCCUACUUGUCGACGUAGUGUGCUUGAGAAUCCCGCGCAAGAACAGCAGCGUGCUGCGGGUGCCCAGGUAGGAGCAAUACCUGGACAACCAAUUAAUUUUGGCAACCCGGUGGCCCCAGGAAACCAACCCCAAGCACCUCGCAACGUUAAUAACCAGCCCCCGCCAAAUGCAGCUGCUCAGGGGUGGUUGCCCGGGCAAGCACCAGGCGUUGUUAUUCAAUACAACAUCCAGUACCAGGGUCCGCCACCUUCACGGGAUGCAUCUCAAGCUUCGGCCACGGCUACAGCUACUCCUCAGCCUGUGCCUCGCUUUCCUGGGUUCGCUGGCCUCGAUGGACAAUGGCGUCAGUGGGGUAUGGAUCCCCGAUGGUUUGGUGACGAGCCUUCGGGCGCCUCGGAUCAGUCCUCGGACAUUACAGGCGACUUACGGCAGAAUCCCCGAGAUGCCGCCGCCGCCGCUGCAUCGCAGCGAUUUGAACACAAGAAUAUCCGGAGAUCUAAUAAGGUGGCUCCUGCUGUCAAGCCUGCAUCCGGUGAGGCGUCGAACGUAUCACCUUCUGAUGCCGGUGUUUCUUCUGCUAUGCCAGAUUCAGAAUUGGCAAUCCCUUCUUUCAUCCCAUUACACGCACAUGAAAUUCCCUCCCGAAUAGGGACACCACAAGGCGUUGACCCGUCCCACACUCACUUGUGGCAGCCACUCCCACAAUCCUUAAAUGGUGGUGUACCUACGCCAAAUCUCAGUGCUUCUGUCCCCGUGGGCGCCGUUCAGACACCAUUACGGGGGCUGCCACCCAAUCUGACAGAUGAGCAGUUAAUGCUCAUGGAUCAGAUUACACGAGAAGCCAUUGACGAGAGACUCAGGAUACUCGAAGGAGUUUCGGUUGCAGUUAGUCGUUGUGUCGAGGAUCUCACGCGAGUACGAAGCGCCUUGCCAGUUUCCAGCAGCACACCGUCAGCCUCAACUGUUGCCCAAUCAUAUGAUACUCCACCCUCUGCUACUGAAGAGUUUAACACGUAA